AUGUUCCUCCAUUUGGUUUUGUUAAAAAGUUUUUUUCAAAUUAUAAUUUUAGGGCCGGAUCCGAUUAGUUCGGAUAGCGAUUCAUAUUUUGAUGCCAACGACGUUUCUACCCCAGAUCCAAACAAAUAUCCAUUUGUUAAAGUAAGCAAAGGCCCUCCAAAAUUAAAACUUAUCCUGGAUCCUCGCCAACUUCAGGAUAUGGUCAAACUACGUUCUUCUGGCCAGAAUAUCAACGAACACAAUGUGGUCAGUCCGGAUAUUUGUUUGGGAAUAGUUAAAGAUUUAAAUUCUCCCACUGGAAAAGGAGCCAUGCUCUUUGCUAAACGAAAGAAAAAAUCAGAAGAAUGGGUAGUAGACGAGGAAAAGGUCAAAUCUCAUUUAAAAUCGGAUUACGAUUACCGAUAUCAGAAACAAGAAAGUGUGCAGAAUCAAAGACUGAAAAUGAUCAAAAGCCCGUGGGCAGCAGCUAUGGAAUCACCUAUUGGAAGCUGUGAUGCUGCUUUCGUGGAUGUACAUCCCGAUAGAGUUGCAGAGACUGUAAUAAAAGCUGCAGAAGAAAAGACUAAAAUUGAUACCUCAAAACCAUUAUUUCCAGUCAAAUUACCAACAUCUGAACCCAAAAUUCAGAAGCAGGUAACGAAACCUCAGUCUUCUUCCAAAGUUGAUCCUUAUAGGCCACGUGCUCCAAGAGGUUGGAGUGGGACAUUUGACGGUAAGUAAAUGUCUUUUCGUAAAUAAU